AUGAAUAUUUCCAGGUCCAUUUUUGAAAAUCCCUUAUUGUCAAAUAUCAAUAAUGAAGGGAUACCUUAUUGUGAGUGUGAACCUGUUGCUGAAGAAGCUAAAUUACCAAAUAUAACAAUAAUUUUAAUUUUUCUUCCAUUACUAUCAUUUUGUGGAAUUUUUUGUAAUACAAUUUCAAUUGUCAUAUUUACAAAACGAUCUAGAACUACAUCUAAUUCAAAUAUCUAUUUAGCAGGUUUGUCAUUAUCAGAUAUUGGUAUUUGUUGUUCUGGAUUAUUUAUUAUUACAGCAGAUUCUUUAAGAGGAUAUAUACCCUAUUUUAAUGAAAUUUUUGCCAAACUUAUUCCAUUUCUUGUUCCAGUUGGAUUAAUUUUUCAAAUGUUAAGCGUGUACAUUACAAUAUUAGCUUCUAUUGACUGCUACAUUUAUAUUAUUGUAAAUAAAGAUUUUGUAAAUGAGGAUACCAAUACAGGGAUAUUUAAAUUUUUUUCUUAUAAUUUACUGAAAAAAUAUUGUACAGAAAGGGUAAAUGCUUUUAAAAGUUUAGCUGGAACAACAAUAUUUGUUUUUUUAUAUAAUGUUAUUACUUUUGGAGAAUUAACAUCAAUUAAAUGUUAUGAUAAAAUUUUAAAUCAAAUUAAAGUUGAAGUAUGCCCUACAUCAAUGAGAGUUAAUGAAAAAUAUAUUAAAUUUUACAAAGGAUAUUUUUAUUCAUUUUUUAUGGCUGGAUUUCCAUUUUUUAUUCUUUCUCUUUUGACAAUUGGAAUUUUAAAAGAAAUGAAAACAAAAUCAAAAUUAAGUAUAUCAAUAUCAAAUCAACUUCAAAAUUCUGUUAAUAUUCAUUCACAACUUUUAUUACAAAAUCGAAAAGUAUCAAUAAAAAAUAUAUUUGCUAAGUCUAAUGAAAUAGAUGAAAAAAAUGAAUCAUCACCUGUAAUGUUAGUUAUGGUUGUUAUUUUAUUUCUUUUAUGUAAUAUGGUAACAUUAAUUGUUAAUUAUUUAGAAACAACAGAAAAUAUUAUUUCAUUUUCCUUUCAAAUGAUACUUAUUGAUGUAGCUAAUUUUUUAGUUGUUUUCAAUGCAACGGCAAAUUUCUUUAUAUAUACUGUUUUUUCAAAAAGUUACAGAAAACGAUUAAAAGAAGUUUGUGGAGGUAAUAGUGAUGAUAGUAAUGAUAAUAAUGAAUCCCUAGAAAUUAGAAAAGUAUGA